ACAUGGGCUAUCAUGUCAGUAUGAUGGCUGACUCUACCUCUAGAUGGGCUGAGGCCCUUAGAGAAAUCUCUGGUCGUUUAGCUGAAAUGCCUGCAGAUAGUGGAUAUCCUGCAUAUCUUGGUGCCCGUCUGGCCUCUUUUUAUGAGCGAGCAGGCAGGGUGAAAUGUCUUGGAAAUCCUGAAAGAGAAGGAAGUGUCAGCAUAGUAGGAGCAGUUUCUCCACCUGGUGGUGAUUUUUCUGAUCCAGUUACAUCUGCUACUCUUGGUAUUGUUCAGGUGUUCUGGGGCUUAGAUAAGAAACUAGCU